UUUUUUUUUUAAAAAACAGCUUACUUUAUAUAUACACCACUAGCAAUGAUGCAACCUGGUGACUUUACUUGGAUCUUUGGUAUUGGGAUGGUCUUUGCGUUUUUAGAUGCCUAUGGUAUCGGCGCUAAUGAUGUCUCGAAUGCUUUUGCCACUUCCAUUUCUUCUGGAUCAUUGACCUUGAUUCAAGCUUCUAUUAUUGCUUGUUUCACUGAAUUCUUGGGUGCUCUCUUGUUAGGUUCAGGCACGUCAGAAACUAUCAAGGGUGGGAUUCUUUCCGUUAGUAACUUUGUAGGCCAACCAGAAAUGCUCAUGCUGGCCAUGUUGUGUGCUGUCUUUGGUUCUGCUGUUUGGGUAGUGUUUGCUUCUACUCGUGGUUGGCCGGUUAGUACUACUCAUUCUAUUGUUGGUGCUAUUUGUGGUGUUGGUAUCGCUGCUUUUGGUGGUAAUUCUCUCAAAUGGGAAUGGGGUGGUAUUUCUAGUAUCAUUACCUCUUGGUUUUUAUCUCCUAUUGCAGCUGGAUUGGUUGCUGCUUUGUUAUAUACUAUUACCAAAUAUACAGUAUUACGAAGAGCUGAUAGUUUCAAUUGGGGUCUUCGUUUGGUACCUGCCUACUUUUUUUUUACUGUGGCCAUCAACGCUUUUUAUAUCAUCUACAAAGGUGCUCCUGGUACUGAUGCGGCCAAGCUAUCCGUCGGUGUAAUUGUUGGUAUCUCCUUUGGUGUUGGUGCUGUAUUUGCUUUAUUCUCCUGGUUCUUCUUUGUUCCUUGGGUCCGUCGCCGUGUCAAGGGACAUGAAGAUUUAAAAUGGUAUCAUGUCUUCAUUAUUCCUUUUCUUUCCAAACGUCAAACCCUUCAGCAAGCCGAUCCUGAAAUGCAUGCUCCUACAGCAACUACACCUACUGCUUCCACUGUGACCGAAACUGUAGAUGAAAAAAUUCAAAAAGAUCAAGAAGAACUCGAAACCAUGGAAACUCAAAACGAACAACCUCAAGUCCCAAAGUCCAAAUUCGCCCAAUACAAGGAAAAAGCAAUCAAUGCUGCCAUGCAUGGUCUUCGUCAAGAUGUUCGAAAUUUGGAAAGUGAGCGUUUGAAAGAAGUCCAUGCUGCUGCUAUUCUUUAUGAUGAUGAUGCCGAAUAUCUUUUCUCAUUUUUACAAGUCUUGACUGCUUGUAUGGCUUCCUUUGCUCAUGGUAGUAAUGAUGUUGCUAAUGCUGUUGGUCCUUUGGCUUCUAUUUUUGAUCUCUGGAAUACCGCUACUGUGGAUGUCACUGGAAAGGUUCCUGUUCCUAUUUGGAUUCUUGCUUAUGGUGGUAUUGCUAUUGAUAUUGGUUUACUCACAUUGGGUUACAGGGUCAUGCGAAAAAUGGGUAACAAUAUCACCUAUUUCACUCCUUCUCGAGGAUUCUGUGCUGAAUUGGCAGCUGCUUUAACAGUCUUGACAUGUUCCAAGUUAGGAUUACCUGUAUCUACUACUCAUUGUAUUACUGGCGCUACAGCUGGUGUGGGUCUUUGUAAUGGUAACUGGCGUGCUAUCAACUGGAAAAUGAUCGGAUGGUGUUUCUUCUCUUGGAUCUUGACUCUUCCUUGUGCUGGUCUUUUGGCUGGUCUUCUCUUUGCCUUUGGUUCCAACGCCCCCAAAUUUAUAUCUAGUUAAGCUGAUUAUUAUUAAUAUUAUUCUUAUUAUUAUAUUGUAUUCUAUAUGUCUUUCAUCCUUUUUUAUUUUCAUACCAUUUUACGUUAUAUAUAAAGUUUACAUUUUAUUUUUUUUUUUUUUGUCAUCAAUGAUUAU